CUAUUUGUGUGCUCUGCUCUGCGUGCCCUGUGCCUUUAAGUAGCAACUGGUACUGGUCUAUACUGGGGAGGGAUGACUCUAUGUGGUAUAUAAGGACUGGCUGCAAGUGACAGUCACAGUGUUAGACGUGAAGGUGACAUGGGGGUGCUGCGCUCAGACAAACUGGAGGAGACUCACCAGGGAGAAGAGUCAGUGAGUGAAGUGGAGAGGAAAGAGAAGCGCGGGGAGAGUAAAGCUGAGAGUGAAAUGAGUGAGGCUUUUUCUUACACGGCCACCGACAAGGACCAACAGGGCCGGCUACAUCAGGCAUGUGGUUGUCUAACCCGACUACUCACACCCGUGGGACUUGCCCUGCGCAGACUACUCCUGCGGGUGGGAGAGGACUGGAUCUUCUUGUUCUUACUGGGGAUCUGUAUGGCCACCAUUAGCUUCGGACUGGACGUGACCAUUGCAAAGCUGCAGAGAACCAAUCUGUGGGUGUAUGACCGUUUGCACCAAUACCUCUACCUACAAUACUUCUCCUGGGUUCUGUACCACGUGCUGCUCAUGAUGACGUCGGCUGGAGUGGCAAAGUACAUAUCCCCCCAGGCGGCAGGUUCUGGGAUCCCUGAGAUCAAAGUGACCCUAAGGGGUGUCGUCCUGGCUGAGUUCUUUACCCUGCGAACUUUUAUAGCCAAACUUAUUGGGGUCACCUGCACCCUGGCUGCCGGCAGCACCAUAUUCCUGGGGAAAGUGGGCCCAUUUGUGCAUAUGGCUACUAUACUCGCUACUCAGCUGGGCAGACUUAUGGUCAAACUUGUUGGAGCCAAGGAGAAUCCAAGUCGGAAAUACGAAUUGUUAAUUGCUGGAGCGGCUGUGGGCGUGGCCUGCUGUUUUGUGGCACCAGUGGGAGGUGUGCUCUUUAGUGUGGAAGCCACUGCCACUCACUUUGCUGUCAGGAAUUACUGGCGUGGAUUCUUUGCUGCAACGUGUGCCGCACUUAUGUUCCGCCUCCUCGCCGUCAUUAACCGUGAGAAAGAGACGGUCGCCAUUCUCUUCACCACAAACUGGCGCGUGGAAUUUCCCUUCGACCUCCCAGAAUAUCUCUCUUAUGCCAUCCUGGGAGUAGUAUGUGGGUGCGUAUGUUGUGUGUACCUGUUUCUGCACCGUACCACUCUGCUCUUCCUACAGAAUCACCCACGAAUCAGCAAGUUUAUCAGGAAUAAUCGCAUUUUAUACGCCGCCUUCGUCUCUUGGGUUCUGGCCAGUAUCACUUUUCCACAUGGAUUUGGCCAAUACUUAGGCGGCACACGGCUGACCAUGAAGGAACAUCUAGAGACCUUCUUCAACAACAUAACAUGGGGCGUUGAGGAACUCUCCCUGGGUGCAAACAUCACCGGCCAACCUCCCAAUCCCAGCUACCAUAACAACUUUCUACAGUGGACUAACCCGAAUAUGUCAACUCUAGAGAUACUGGCCUGCUUUGUGGUACUGAAAUUCUUUAUGCUCCUGUUUGCCAACACCAUGAUUAUCCCAGCGGGUUACUUCCUCCCUGUCUUUGUCUAUGGCGCUGGACUCGGAAGGCUUUAUGGAGAGAUCAUGGCGAAAAUCUUUCCCGAUGGGAUUAUCUCUGAGGGUAUCCCCAUCAAAAUAACACCGGCGGGAUAUGCACUGGCAGGUGCUGCUGCUUAUUCUGGUGCAGUUACUCACACUUUAUCUACGGCACUGCUGGUGUUUGAGCUGUCCGGUCAGAUGUCCCAUAUUCUCCCUGUACUUAUUGCUGUUCUUAUUGCAAACGCCAUUAGUCAGAGCUACCAGAAUUCUUUCUUCGACCUUAUAAUUAUUGUCAAGAAACUUCCGUAUCUUCCAAAGCUUAAGAUGGGGCAAAACAGUGCACAUGAUAUCUGCGCAGAGGACUUUAUGGUGACCAACUUGCAAUAUCUUAUAAAAGGAUUUAAAUACAGGAACAUACGGAGUCUCCUCAAAUCUUCUGACCUGAAACAAUUCCCCAUUGUGGAUUCCGAAGAAUCCAAGAUUCUCCUGGGCUCUGUGAGUCGCAAGAUCCUGACGAAGCUCCUGGCGGAUCAGCUGAGCACCGAGCGCAGGAUCCAGUACAUGUUGGACAAAACCGGGGAGAAGUUCAGCAGCAACUUCACUCCAAUGGGAGACAAUGGUAGUGAAAAGGCCGAGCUGCAGAACAUUGAUGAGUGUGAGUACACAGACACCACAUACAGUGGCCAGGAGACUGUUGUAUAUGAGAGUGAGGAGAAACACAAAAGUCGUUCAGACUCGCGCAGGAGACGCUCGACUAAAUUUAAAAGCCACUACCUGAAAAUGGUGGAGGAGUGGGAGUGUCAGCAGUUGAACCAGGAGGUCCCGUUGGAAUAUCUGACAAUAGACCCGGCUCCAUACAGACUGCUGGAGAAACAGACACUCUAUCAGUGUUACGACUUGUUCAACCUCCUCGGCCUGCGCACGGCUUAUGUCACCCGUAUUGGGCGCCUUGUGGGAGUGGUUUCACUAUCUGAGAUAAAAGAGGCCGUUGAUGGGACAGUGAAAGGGACAUUCAGCCCCAGGACUCGGGAGGAGACAGAGGAGACCCUACACUUGAACCCACUGACCCCACCGGCCCCAGGACCAACUGCCAGCUGAUUCCCAACUGUUACUGAACUCCAACUGUCAUGUCUACCAGUGGAACGCCUGGGGGCCACAUUAUUGUGUCAUUUCAUACCCUUUAUGUUAUUGUUGUUUUGCAGCUGACACACACACAACACACACACUGACACAUAAAACACACACACAUUGUUACUUAUUGUUGUUUGUAAUAAAAGCCACAUAUUUAAGUGUCA